AUGUGUUUGGGUGUUGUUGCAUCUGCCGUACGAGCAGAAUGGGUGGAUGAUUUGUACUCUUCCAGGGGUUUGGACUUAGGGGGUGGUUUUUCCAUCCAGCUGGAAAAUCACAACGCGUCUGACAAAGCGUCGUUCUUGGAGAAAAACACGGUGAAGAUGAGUUUCGCCAACUAUGGAUUGUCGAUAGCCAAGGACGUGGAUAAGAAUUUUAUAGAGUUGGAUUUGUUGCGGCAGGAUCCUGGAAAAGGGAGAGCCCAAAAGAUGGGCAAUAUGAUACUUCCGGCAGUAAUUGGAUUCAAGGCGGCUGGGAUUACUUCCGCCAUAUUGUUUACGAUGAAAGUGCUGGUGAUUAAGGCGUUUAUGGUGGCCAAAUUCGCGCUACUGAUUUCAUCGGCUAUUUUUGUCAAGAAGUUCUUCUUCCACGAGCACCACCACGAGCCGACGUACGUGGAGAUUGAACAUCACGAGCCAGAAACUCAUCCGAUAUUCCUCGGCCAUGAGGGUGGAAACGAAGGCCAUGGAACCACAAAUUACCUAGCCUACGCCAACUACGUACCAAGUGCAGCAGCCCAAACACAAGUGGUGAACUACGCUGUCGAAGCACCAGUAGCAAAUUACUCUGGCACUGGUCAGCAGCAGAUUAUUGUACCAAUUGCUGCUAAAAGAGCUGAUAGCAAGAGAUUACCAAAGCUACCACUGUACACCAUCAGGAAAUACACAGCGAAAAGUAUUUAGGCUUAAAAGUUGACUUCUUGCAGGUUAUAGCUAUGUAUGCUGAUUCGCAAGAUUACUUGGAACCAUUAGUGAACACCAGAAGAUAUUGAAGA